GGCUAUGAUAACGUCCGGCCAGCGGGAAGCCAUCACCCACUUCUCCCACUUGGCCGCUAUUAAGUGAGCGCUCAAAUUUCCAGCGGGCGCAGAGCGGAGCCGCACUUCUCACUUUCCCUUCAUGGCUCAGCGCGCCGCUCAUCCUGUCGUCCCCAUCGCGCUGCUGGUGUUCGCACUUGUUGCGAUCCUGCUGCUGACUGUCCCCACUGAAGACGUCCAGGAGGCUCCGGGGUUCAUGUACGGGAUUGUUCUGGAUGCUGGAUCUUCGCACACGGCUCUGUAUAUGUACAAGUGGCCGGCGGACAAGCAGAAUGGCACAGGCGUGGUCACCCAGCACGGUGAAUGUCACGUUCAGGGAGGAGGAAUCUCGAGCUACGCGGGCCAACAGGGAGCAGCAGGGCAGAGCUUAGAGGCGUGUCUUGACCAGGCGGUGAAGGCCAUCCCCAAAGAACGGCACCAUGUCACACCUGUGUACCUGGGAGCCACCGCUGGCAUGAGGCUUCUGCAUAUCUCCAGCCCGGAGCAGUCGGUUCAGAUUCUGCGGGAAGUGGGCCACAAAAUCCAGUCCUACCCCUUCAGCUACCAGGGGGCGGCUAUACUGAGCGGUCAGGAGGAGGGGGCGUACGGCUGGGUCACCGUCAACUAUCUGUUGGAGAACUUCAUUAAGUAUGGUUUUGUGGGGCACUGGUUCAGCCCCGGCAGGCCCACGGUGGGAGCACUUGAUUUCGGCGGGGCGUCCACCCAGAUAACAUUUGCCACUCAGGAGGAAAUAGAGGACACAAACGACAUGAUAAAGCUGCAUCUUUAUGGCCAGGAGUACUCUCUGUACACACACAGCUUCCUGUGCUAUGGCCAGGACCAGGUCCUCAAGAGGCUGCUGGUUCAUAUACUGAAGUCUCAGGGUGACUCUGGCUCAGUCACUCACCCCUGCUACCCUGCAGGCCACAGCAGAACUUUAAAGUUGAACAGUAUAUUCAACUCUCCGUGCACGGCAAAGUACAAACCCAGCUCAUACGACCCCCAGGCCUCUCUGACAGUACAAGGCAGCGGAAAUUAUGAGCACUGUGUGGGCAACGUGUCUGAGAUCUUCUCCUUCGACGGCUGCCCCUUCUCCCAGUGCUCCUUCGAUAAAGUCUUCCAGCCAAAUGUCAGCGGUAGCUUCGUGGCGUUCUCUGCAUUCUUCUACAUUCACGCCUUCCUGCAGCGAAUCACUGGUAUCACUGUGAACACUCCUGCACAACUGGAGGAGGCAGCCAAAACUGUGUGCAUGAUGACUUUCAAUCAAAUGCUGAUUCUUGCUCCAGAGCAAAAGUCUCGUUUGCAGGAUUACUGUGCCUCCUCUGUGUUUGUUAAGAUUCUCAUGUUGAGAGGAUACAGCUUCGAUGAGACGUCGUUCCCACGCAUUUCCUUCCAGAAGAAGGCAGGGGACGCCUCAGUGGGGUGGGCUCUGGGCUACAUGCUCAGUUUGAGCAAUUUGCUGCCGGCAGAGAGAGUGGGCCUGAGGAAGGCGCUGACUCCGGGAGCAUGGGGAACGCUUGUCUUUCUUUUUGUCCUCCUGCUGGCAGCAGUCCUGGUCUUCAUCUUGCUCCGAGCUCGUGAUGGAAAGAAGAAAGGAGGCAGUGAAAGCACCAUCUAGAUACUGCAACAACAUACAGUGCAGUCACAAAACAGAAAGACAGUAAUUCUUUUUUUGUUGCCUCUGUACUCCAGCACUCUGGAUCUGAAUCUGAGGUUUAUUCAAGGAUGUCCACAAGGAUGAACAGUAGGAACAGUUCACCAACUUGAGUUCAGAGCCAACACAAUGAAAAACACACCACUGACCAAAUACUGCCUGACUACUCUGUAGGUUUAAUGGGAGACACUGCAGAUGAAAUCAUCAGUUUUUUAAUGCACUGGAUUUUGGGCUAUUUUGCUUGUAUAACAUGUCUUCUUUUAGACUCGUGGGGGAAAAAACAGAAUUUACACAUUUAGUUAUUAAUUUUAUUUCAUGAAACUUAACAUUUAUUGAAUAGAUAUCCAAAAUUCCCUGUAGAAAAUCCUUUGACUUGAAUAUGUCAACAAAAUGAAACUAGAAUGUUUAACCUGGCUUUACCCAAUGUUCAGAUUUCUGUUCUUGAAACUGAUGCAAAAUAGUGCCUAUAGUGCAUAUGAGAUAAUACCUUCACAUUUCAGAAAACUUGUUAAAAAUAAUUGUCUCUAUGUAAAUAAUCAAUUGGGGAAGUUUCAUGGUAAUAUCUAUUAGUUUAAAUUAUAUUCACCUGUCUUGCCUUAAAAAUAAUCCUUCUGCGGUGACAUUGGCUCUACACAGGAGGUCUGAAUGUAAUCUUUAUUCUUGAAAAGUCAAACCAAUAAUCGGUUGUAUGGAAUGUAAGACAUCCCAGCUUUUUUGUUGUUUGUAGAAAGUGUGACUGUAUGCUGAAGCUUUGUGACAGUAAAACGAAGCACACUAUGAAGAUAAGUAGCAGUUAAAUAAGCAAUCCCUAUUUUCUGAUUUCUCUAUUCAAAAAUGUUUUUCAGGUGGGAGGUUUUAUUCGUUUUAAGUUUGUUUAGCUUUACUUUUGAUAGUCACUAACAUCCAGACACAGUGAACAGCAGCUGUUCAGCAGGUGUUCGGGGUUUUGAGCUAAAUGCUAAUAGAAAAAUGCUAACAUGCUCACUGCAUUUCAAGACGUUUCUACAGCAACAGUAGUGUAAAGUCAUUCCAGUAUGUACCAGGUAUGCAGGCAUGAAAAUGCAAAGGCAACUCUCGACAUGUAGCCAUGCUAGAUAAAGAUUUUGGUAGCAGCUAUUCAUUGUCAGGGCACCUUUUCCAGGAACGUCCAAGAUGUUUCAGAGCCAUUAAAGCCCCUGCAUAUUGACUUUUUUUGUAUAAUGUAGCAUUUUAUUCUUAUGGCUUAUGGCUUUUUUAAAGAAAAAAAAUAGACAAUCCUAGUGAAAGUUGGUGCAGGUUACUGUGUGUUGCUUCCAACCCAUUCAGUCAAUGUUAAAUGCACUGUGACAAUGGAUUAAAUAUUAUAGAUGAAACAAAUGUGAUACCUUCCCAACAUUUUCACUAGAAUAAGCCACAUCGGAUGCCUAGCUCAUAUUAGGUCCCUGUGAAUUUUUUUUUACAUUGCUGUGUGGUCACAUUGUAUAUUUUACCCCAGAUAACAAAAUAAAUGUUUUCUUUUUGUUUUGUUUUGUCCGUUGUACAAGGUUCUUACUGUAUUUGGGUCUUUUCCAUUCAUCUUAUUAUGCUUAUUUCCCUCCAUGGUCUGCUCAGGACUACAACUAUCAGAAUGCUUUGCUUUACGGAAGGGUACAGCUCGUUCUAAUGACUUCCGGUACAGUCGCCUUGCUCUCAGAAUAAAAGCAGAGAUUUACAGUUCUAUUUCUUCUUGUUCUGCAGUAAUGUGAUUUGUAAUGUGAAUUGCGUUGUAAUUGUUGUA